AAAAGAUAAGCUACAGACUAGUAGAAACUGUUUCUAAGUCAUUAAUAAAGAAUUUAUAUCUAGACUAUAUAAAUAAUACUCAAUAGUUAAUGAUUAGAAAACAACUCAUCUUUAAAAAUGGGCAAAGGGUUUGAUUAAACACAUUUCCUCGAAAAAUGUAUAUGGAUGGCAAAUGAACUUAAGAAAAGAUGCUCAGGGCAGUGCCUAUGGCUCAAGGAGUUGGGCGCCUCCUCCAUAUACUGGGGGUGGUGGGUUCAAGCCUGGCGCUGGCCAAAACUGCAAAAAGAAAAAGAAAAGAUGCUCAAAAUCAUUAGUUAUUAGAGAAAAUGCAAAUUAAAGCCUCAAUAAGGUCUCUAAUGCACUUAAUAGAAUGACUAAAAUUUAAAAGAUUGAUCAUAAUUAGUGGUCACUGGGAUGUGGAGAGACAGGAGCUCUUCUGCAGGAAUUUAGUAAAAAGGCACAGCACUUUGGAAAUGUUUGGCAGUUUCUUAAAAGGUUAAGACUCGGGCGGCGCCUGUGGCUCAAGGAGUAGGGCGCCGGUCCCAUAUGCCGGAAGUGGCGGGUUCAAACCCAGCCCCGGCCAAAAAAAAAAUAUUAAAAGGUUAAGACUCAUGUUUACCAUGUGAUUCGGCCUAUUCCCCUUCUAGGCAUUUACUCAAGAGAAAUGAAAACAGGUCCACACAAAGUUGUACUCUAAUGGUCACAAAAACAUUAUUCAUUAUAGCCCCAAACUAGAAACAGCUCAAGUGUCCAUCAGGGUAAAUGUGUAAACAAAUUGUGAUAUAUCCAUACAAUGGACUAGUACUUAACAAUAAAAAAGAAUGAUCUAUCCACAGGUGCAAAAUCAUAGAUUAAUAAAAUAAUAAUGCUUGGUAAAGGAAGACUGACCCUCACCCCCCUUAACAAUCAUAUGAAACUCUAGAAAAUGCAAACAAAUCGGUAGUGACAAAAAGCAGAUCAUUGGUAGCCUCAGGACCAAGUGUUGGGAGGGAGAGAAAUGAGGACAGAGAAGGGUGGGAAGGGGAAUACGAAAGUGGCAUUUGAUAAUUUGGGGGGACUGGUUACUAUGUGGUGAAUAUUUCAUGGCUAUAUCUGCAAGUCAAAACUUAACCAAAUUGUACACUUUAAGUAUGUGCAGUUUAAUAUAUGAUCACUAUAACUCAAUAAAGUUUAUUUUAAAGACCAAUAAAUGAGUAAUAAAUUGUGGGAGGAUGAUUAUGAGUGCCUGGACUGAGACUUGAAUCAGAAGAUGUAUCUGCUGGUUAACAGGAGAACAGAGAUGUUAGACAGGAUGUCAGUAAAUCACUAAGCGCAUUCUCAUGGUUUGUUCUAACCAAUCCUAAAACGUGCUUUAAAUGGGGUUAUCACCACGGUUACUAAAUAACUUACCCUCUCUUUCAGGAAAAGCAUGCAAGUCUCAAUGACGCAGCCGUUUUAGACAUCAUUUGUAAGUUUUGGUGGUUUGUAUUACACUAUUCAGGGACAGCUUUAAACCAGAAGAACAGAGCGUAGCAUUGAACUUGCUAACUUUCUAGGGCCAUUUCUGCUCGAAGGUACUCUGAGGCUUGUAACUCCUGAAGGGUGUCUUCUAUGUUGUACAUUUAUUCAUUCAUUCAUUUACCAAACAUAUACUAAGUGCUCACUCUGUGCCAGGCAGUCAGAUUUAGACCUCGGAUAAUAGUGAACAGGCUCUGAUUUCAAUAAGAAUCGAAUGAGGGGGGACGUCUUGGCUCAGUGGUUAGAGCACCUGGGGUAGCAGGGGUGGCGAGUUUGAACCCAGCCUGAGCCUGCUAAAACUAAAAUAUAAAUAAAUAAGAAUCUAAUUGGAGCAAUAUACAGAUGAACAUCAGAAUAUAUAACCUCACAUACUGAUGAGUCCCUUGACAGGAACUAAAGCAGGGUGACCAGGCAGGGGUGAACAGGGUGGGCCAUUCUGAGUGGACAGCAGAAUGAGGUCUGGAAGGAGCUAGAAGAGGCUCCAGGCAAAGGAAUGAUGACAUAACUGUCGGUCAUAUGGAACCCAGCAUUCCCUGUCAUGCUGGGUAAAGGUGACAUCCUAUGGAGCAGACUUAUGGCUGACUGACAUGAGAAUAAAUGCUGGAGCUCCACCGUGUCAUCUAGAUACUCAAGUUCAUCGGCACCAGAAAAUUUGGGAUGUUUUUCAGAUGAGUAAAGGACCAGAUGAAGAGGUUGACCUUUUUGAUAUGAAACAAUUCAGAAGUUCAUUUAAGAAAAUUCUGCAGAGAGCAUUAAAAAAUGUGACAGUCAGCUUCCGAGACACUGAGGACAAUGCUGUCUGGAUUCGAAUCGCCUGGGGAACGCAGUACACAAGGCCAAACCAGUACAGACCCACUUACGUGGUGUAUCAUUCCCAGACGCCUUAUGCCUUUGCUUCUGUCUCCACGUUAAAGCGCAAUGUACCCCUUCUGGGGCAGGCACUGAUGAUUGCUAGCAAACACCAUCAGAUUGUGAAAAUGGACCUGAGAAGCCGAUAUCUGGACUCUCUUAAGGCUAUGGUUUUUAAGCAGUAUAAUCAGAACUUUGAAACUUACUACUCUGUGACACCUCUACAAGAAAGAAGCCUUGGGCUAGAUAUAAACAUGGAUUCACGGAUUGUUCAUGAAAACACAACAGAAAAAGAGAAAGUCCAAAGAAUAACCCUAGAAACUUUUGGAGACUAUCCUCAACCACAACUAGAAUUUGCACAGUAUAAGCUUGAAACGAAGUUCAAAAGUGACUUAAAUGGAAGCAUCUUGGCUGAGAGGGAAGAACCCCUCCGGUGCCUAAUAAAGUUCUCUAGCCCACAUCUUUUGGAAGCAUUGAAAUCCUUAGCACCAGCCGGGAUUGCAGAUGCACCACUUUCUCCACUGCUCACUUGCAUACCCAACAAGAGAAUGAAUUACUUUAAAAUUAGGGAUAAAUAAGAUGUGUUUCGUAAGCAGAGCAAUUCUUUGUAUUGCACACACGUUUCAGUUCAUGGCUCAUUCUAUAGCUUCUGUUAGAUGCUUGUAUUUUAGAAGUUAAUCCUUGUUGGAAACGUAGAAAUAUUCAUCUAGUUUAAUGUUGGGACUGACUCUUCCCUCCUCUGCCGCAUGCCCCUUGACCCCAUAUCCUGCUCAGCGUAAGAGUUGUGGGCAUUUGAGACGUGACAGGAUAUAGAUACAUACGGCUCCACACUUGACCUUGAGUGCCUGCUGCUCCAAAGUCAAGCAUACAGCAGGCACGGUGGUUGAGACUUCUGGGCGUCAUAUCUAGUGUCAUUUUUACCAUUCCUGCCUCUCCUCAAUCCUGGUGAGGCCUGGUUCUAAUUGCUGGUUUCCAAACACUUUUUUUUAAACCUUGGAUCACAGAACAAGGCAAUGAGAAACUAUACCCAAGUCAAUAUAUUUUAGGAGAACUGUGUAAAAUUGCUCCAUUCAAAGGGCACAGUCAGAUCCACUGAGUUAUUAUUGCAGGAGUUGCAUAUUCAAUGAUUCAUUUAUAGAAAAUAACUUUUGUGUAGUAAAUAUGAUACUUUUCAUAAUCUGUCUUAUCAUAUAGGUACAAACUAACCAAUAUUAUACUGAUUUGUGAAUAAAGACAUUGGAA